UUCAAGAGCAAAAUCGCCGCUUCGCACGAAGCUCAACCGCGCUACUCUACUAACUUCCCAUUUCUUCGAUACAACCGAAGCUCUCCCUCAUACAUUGGAAUCUCCGCCGGACUAUAGCGGCGAAUUUUUCUACGUUCGUUUCAUCGAGCGUUUCUCCGUUCGUUAAAUCUCUCCUUGGGAGCUUUCUCGUUUAGCCUCUCUCUCUCUGUGUUUGCUUCUGUUAGUAAAAUGUCUCAGGUGGUGGCUACAAGGUCGAUUUGCAGCACAUUCCUGUGCCCUAGCUCGGGAUCUGUGCAGGACCGGGCGGACAAGGCUCGGUCUUUUGGUUUUGGCUCGAAAGUGCUGGCGCACGAGAAGAAGAGUUGGAACUUUGUUUCCAGGAGAAGUCUAGUCACAGCGAAAAGAGCUGCUCAAGCUGCAGUUGUUCCAGUAUCACCUGAGGAUGUUCAGAAGGCAGAUGAGCAAUUUGAACAUUUACGAGCAGUUCAACAACUUGGUGAUACACCGGUUGGAAUGUGGUCCAAACCAACAGUUAGACGUAAGACAAAGAUUGUGUGCACGAUUGGUCCUUCGACUAACACGAAGGAAAUGAUUUGGAAACUGGCCGAGGCUGGAAUGAAUGUUGCUCGAUUGAAUAUGUCUCAUGGAGACCAUGCAUCUCAUCAGAAAGUUAUAGAUUUAGUCAGAGAAUACAAUGCGCAAUCACAAGACAACUGCAUUGCGAUCAUGCUCGACACCAAGGGUCCUGAGGUUAGGAGUGGUGACCUACCACAACCAAUAUUGUUAGAGACUGGACAGGAAUUCACAUUUUCCAUACGGAGAGGUGUUAGUACUCCAGAUUCUGUCAGCGUAAACUAUGACGAUUUUGUUAAUGAUGUAGAAGUUGGGGACAUGCUUCUUGUUGAUGGUGGAAUGAUGUCAUUGAUGGUGAAGUCUAAGACAGAGGAUUCGGUGAAGUGUGAAGUUGUUGAUGGAGGAGAGCUCAAGUCCAGACGACAUUUAAAUGUUCGAGGGAAAAGUGCAACACUGCCUUCCAUUACUGAGAAGGACUGGGAUGACAUAAAAUUUGGAGUUGACAACAAAGUUGAUUUUUAUGCCGUCUCUUUCGUUAAAGAUGCACAAGUGGUUCAUGAGUUGAAGAAUUAUCUUAAAAGCUGUGAUGCUGACAUUCAUAUAAUUGUAAAAAUAGAAAGCGCAGACUCCAUACCAAAUUUGCAUUCAAUUAUUACAGCAUCUGAUGGGGCAAUGGUUGCAAGAGGUGAUCUUGGUGCGGAACUCCCUAUUGAAGAGGUUCCACUUCUGCAGGAGGAGAUAAUAAACAUGUGUCGUGGCAUGGGGAAGGCUGUCAUUGUGGCAACUAACAUGCUUGAGAGUAUGAUUGUUCAUCCAACACCAACCAGAGCAGAAGUAUCUGACAUUGCUAUUGCUGUUAGAGAGGGUGCUGAUGCAGUCAUGCUUUCUGGAGAAACUGCUCACGGAAAAUUCCCAUUAAAAGCUGUGAAAGUAAUGCAUACAGUUGCUUUACGGACUGAAGCGACCAUAGCCGGUGGUCAAAUGCCAUUGAAUCUCGGCCAAACAUUCAAGAACCAUAUGAGCGAGAUGUUUGCUUAUCAUGCAACAAUGAUGUCCAACACUCUUGGAACCUCAAUAGUUGUCUUCACUAGAACUGGUUUUAUGGCUAUCCUCCUUAGCCAUUAUCGACCAUCUGGCACAACAUUUGCCUUUACAAACGAUAAAACAAUACAACAGAGGUUGGCUUUAUAUCAGGGAGUGUGCCCCAUAUACAUGCAGUUCUCUGAUGAUGCUGAGAAGACCUUUGCUGAUGCCUUAUCUCUGCUUCAGAGGCAAGGAAUGGUGAAGGAAGGAGAAGAGGUAGCACUCCUUCAGAGUGGCAGACAACCCAUAUGGCGGUUCCCAUCUACUCACAAUAUUCAAGUGCGUAAAGUGUAGAGUAGAGACCAAGAAACGUGAGAAAUGCUACUUAAUUAUUCAGCCUUCAUUAUUUUUGCUAUUCUCCCAUAAGUAUGCGAACCUCUACAUUUCCUUAUUCUUUGUUUUUUUGUUAAUCUACGAGUACGAGUAGAGUAUGAGUGUCUAUAUAAGAAGUAUGAGAUGCCUUGUUUUUUGUCUUGUGUAGCUAGCUAGCUCUGGUAUAAUUUUUGGGUUGUGUAGCUCUAAUCUUUUAUCAAUAAUUUGCCUGAACUGUGUAGCUUAGCUAGUUGUUAGUUGAAGAACAGCCUCCAACUCUGAACUCACAAUUUAUUAUUUUAUGUCAUUCAAUUCAGGCCUUAUCAUACUUCCUGA